GUUCUGAUCCAUACGAGAAUAAGACGAUUGGAAAGUGAAGAAAUCCAAUCAGUGAGGCACAAUCUGUUCGAAAGUCAACACGCAAACAAAAAAUAUGUCUAGUUUCGACGACGAGGAAUUCAAGCAACUGCAGCUGAAAGUUAAGUUUAACGUCAUUCCAAAAACCAGGUUGAAAAAAUUCAAUCAAUUGUUCGCUGGUUACAAGACGGGACUUGUCAAGAGUGAGCCGGGCAAAUUCGUCAUGACUACGUUGUACGCAAAGCAUGCAGAAAUACUGUACCGAAUGGAGCCAAGGGCUGACGACAUCUGGCUACUGACUUUCCCAAAAUGCGGUACAACGUGGACAUCUGAGCUUUUGUGGCUGUUGAUGAACGAUUGCGACACGGAAAAAGCAAAAACAACUCAAUUGAUGUCACGUACGCCAUUUAUAGAGGUGCAAUUCCUAACACCAGCAACUGAAUUAUCACCGGAGGCGAUGCAGAUGCUAAAAUCUUUCGAAAAAAUGCCAUCUCCACGUAUUUUCAAAAGUCAUUUGCCAUUUUACUUGCUCCACCCCAAAUUACUAGAUACCUCGAAAGUGGUUUACGUAGCACGGAAUACCAAAGACGCCAUUGUUUCCUUCUAUCACCAUCACAAGUUGCUCAAACUGCACGAUUUUCGGGGAAACCUAGAAGAAUUUGCUGAUUACUUUAUGGAAGACGAAGGUAUACGUAACAUUUCAAAAACAUGUCGAGAUUUAGAGAAAAAAAAACCAAUCCACAUUUACUGAAAAAAUGUUACCCUGUCUCCCGUCACGUGUCUCUAAACCUCCUCGGCCUAAAUCUGGCACUCGACUGUGUGAUGGGCAGUGCUGCCACUUCUCAAAUAGCAAAGUCGUGCAGGGUUGCCUAAAAAGUCCCGAAAAUCCGUUUUUUUUUUUUUUUAAUCCUGCACUUUAUCUUGCAAGGUUAUCUUCAAAAUCCCGCAAAAUCUUGCAAAAAAAAAAAAAAAAUGCAUAAAUCCGACACGAUCCGACAUAAUUUCCUAGUUAUCCUAGUAUAUUUGAAGUCUUUUCUUGUCAGACAGAUGACAGUAAAACAUUAUUCUGAUACUGUUGACCGACAGUUAAAAGCUAACGACGGGAGACGGUGAUGAAAGUUUUAAAUUAAAAUCUCGAGUUUCCAACCCUACCAUUAGUUAUUGGUGGCACUGGCUUUGACUUUUAAGGCGCCUUUAACCAUCCCUUUAGGAACUUCGAUGGAUGCGCUUGAAGCUUGUUGGUUUUUCAACCAUUGCUGCGCCAAAAUAAGACUGGAGAGGGACACAUUGUGCAAAUUGUUACUGAGAGGGGUUUUGACUUGGUCUACCACGCUGAAUGCUCUUUCGGCAAUGGUGUUUGAAAAGGGCAAGCUAAGCAAUAAGGAAAUGCAGGGAAUUAGGUUGGGAAAUUUCAGGGAAUUCGUUACGGUUUGAGUAUUCAAAACAUACCCCCAAUACGAUUCAACUGACAACUUUUUAACUUCAUCUGAAGUUUCGACUUUUAAUAAAGAAGGUGGGAGGGAAGCGUGGUCACGCCAUUCGUUAUCCGCCUUUUGGCGGUUCGUCCAUAUCUUUCUAUUCAGUGCUCGUUGUCGUUAUCUAUAUCAGAUUCUUAUGUUUCUUGCAGAAAAGCACAUAAAGAAUGGCCAAGUGACUCAAACAAGUCUCAAACUCAAACAGUCAAACGAGAAGAGAGAAUCAGGGAGAGAAACAGAGAAAUGAUGAAAUUCACAACACAAGACCACAGAUCAGAAACUCAGAGUACAGACUACAGAGUCAGAGGCUCAGACCACCUCAGAACACCAGACAACAGCGCCACAGUGGUCCCAAUUGUCGUCUACUGAAAAUUUCAUUUGAUUAAUAAAAUUAUGACCAGAUAUUCAAAAAGUCUAGAGACAUCUCGAUCUGCAGUCGAAUGCUCUACCACUGAGCUAUAUCCCCUUAAGCGACGCAGGCUGCAGUCCCGAGAAAAAACAUUCACGCAUUAGCAAUUUGAACCAGGUAUAAAAAGUUGGCUGGAGUGGGAAACCAAACAUCACAGAAAAUGAAGAGAACGUUUCAAUUUUUGAUUUACGAAAGUAAUUGAUGAAUAAAUCCCACCGUUCCCUCAGGCAAUCCUCAAAUUAAAAUCAAAACAUUGUGCGUGCGGUUUUCCCAGUGAGUUAUAAAUCAAAAGUCUGUUGGUUUCACAACGUCGUCCAUAUCAAAUAGGAAGUCCGUUACUCUGUUGUUGUAGAAAUAAGGCGCAGCACGGAAGUCUAGUCACGCAGUCGUUUCGUGACAGCAAAACUGUCAUCUAUGCUGUGAAUAUUUUCCAAUUGAUUUACAUUUCGUUUGGUUGAAAUACAGAAGAGCGAACAAUUUUCUUGGUCCAAACAUGAAACCAACACUUUUUAUGUGCGUGAUCGUUGGCCUCAUUUUGAUGAUGUCGUCGGUUCGUUCAACUGCACAGAAAGUCGAGACGAAAGUUUUGGAAGAACCUGGUUUACAAGUGGCCGAGAGAAACAUCGUGGCGGUCCACCGUGAACGAAUCACCACCGUUGAUAAACGCAAUCGUCCUUGGUGUUCUUUCCGUUUCUUCGGUCGAUGUCGUAAAACUGCCAUUUCAUUGGCAGUGUUGACGUCAUCAGUUCAUUCGGCGCCACAGGAAGACAAGAUAGUCUUUCCCCCUGAAAUAGUUUGGGGCCAACCCCCAGCAAUACCAGCAUAUGGAAUCGUUUCCUUCACUGGCCGCCAAUGUCCAUCCGGAUAUUUUCGUGAUUUCCUCGGCAAAUGCCGCAAAUCUUCUUAAGAAAUCAAUCAAUUCUUUUACACGUUUUCCAAU